CUCCGCAUUCCCUCUGUCAGCCCGUCCUCGCUUUGCUGCCUACUCUGCCUACUGAGGGAUAUUUGUGAUUGGCUCCUGCCCUGCUCCUUUCUCUCCCCCUCUGGUGGUUGUAUAUAAAUCUGGCCGGGACUCAGCCAGCGGGUGAGGUUGGGGUUGGUGGCUCGUACCUCAGCGACGCACACGAGAUCCGAGAGCGGACGAGAAGAGAUCGCUACGCUGCAGGAACUGUCCACUCUGUCGUGGUGCUGAACUCCACAACAUCUCUUUCCCUUCGCACUGGCUCUACUUUACUAUAUUUUUUGGAAAGGAUUUACACCGUCUGUUUUGGCUGACCAUUGGCCCAAACUUCUCCCGUGGACGUCCCUCUCUGUCCACGCCGGAAAUUGCACCAUACCGGUCGUGGAUUUGACCGGCUGAGCUCCAGGUUAUCACUUUGUUAAGAAGUAUUGCUUUGAUCCACUCACUUCUACUCCUGUUUGGAUUAUUUUUUCUGGAUGUUUUGCGUUUUUCCACACAGGAAAAGACCAAUGAAGACGUCCGGAUGGUGGUUGGUUACCAUUUUACUGGUGGGGAUCUCUGGGCUUGGCACCACUGGGAGAUCCGACAAAGGGGUUUUCGGGUCACAGCUCUAUCGACCAGUUGUAAAAUUCCGACACAAGGAUGGGAUCCCUGAGAGCUUGAGGGUGAAGGGUUUUGUUGUACACAGCAGCUAUCCAGGUUCAUGUGAGCAUAAGUACUGUGGCUUGGGACGCCAUUGUGUGGUAAACCAUGAGACUGACCAAGGGGAGUGCAAGUGUUUGGAUCAUUGUAAACCACAUUACAAACCAGUGUGCGGUUCAGAUGGAAAGCUGUACCAGAACCAUUGCGAGCUCCACCGGGCAUCCUGUCUCAGAGGACACAGGAUUACCAUCAUGCACAGCGAGGAGUGCUUCUACAAAGAUGAUGAUUGCAGGUUGAAUGACUACCGCCGACUAAAAACCAAGAUUCUGGAUUUGCAUGAUCAGCGAUACCUAUUAGCUGCUGGUCAUGGAGCUCACAAGAACAGCAUGGCAGCCAAGAAGCAACUGGUUGAUUUGAUGUUCAAACGCUUUGAUACAGAUAUUAAUCUUCUGAUAGAUGCAAGCGAGCUCUCACAGGUCAUCAAGCAUGAAGGUCUGUCCAAGGAUAUGUCUGAGUGCACAUUGUUCGACCUACUGAAGUACAAUGACAUUAACCAUGAUGAGCACCUUACAAAAGAAGAAUUUUACACAGCCUUUGACGUGUAUCUGCUCAACCUCCCAGAUGAGCAGAAAGUCAGCAUCACAACAGUUACUGUUGGUCAGAGCGCUGUGUUGACCUGCGCCAUCACAGGAGAGCGGAGGCCUCCUAUUUUAUGGAAGAGGAACCAUCAGUAUCUCAACUCCCUGAACCUGGAGGACCUAAGUGUAACAUCUCAGGAUUUCGGGGAUGAUGGCUCGCUGUACAUCACCAAGGUGACCACAACCCAUAUGGGGAACUACACCUGUCAUGCGGAUGGAUAUGAGAAACUGUUUCAGACCCACGUUCUCCAAGUGAAUGUCCCUCCAGUCAUCAGAGUUUACCCAGAGAGCCAAGCCCGGGAGCCAGGAGUCACUGCCAGCCUGCGGUGUCAUGCUGAGGGCAUCCCCAGUCCACAACUCUCUUGGCUAAAGAAUGGCAUCGACAUAAAGACCAAGCUGUCCAAACAGCUUACCCUGCAAGCUAAUGGAAGUGAGGUGCACAUCAGCAACGUGCACUUUGAAGACACUGGGGCCUACACCUGCAUUGCCAAGAAUGAGGCUGGUGUGGACGAAGACAUCUCUUCACUGUUUGUGGAGGACUCUGCGCGAAAAACUUUGGCAAACAUCUUGUGGCGAGAAGAAGGUCUCGGCAUUGGAAACAUGUUUUACGUGUUUUAUGAAGACGGGAUUAAAGUGAUUCAGCCCGUGGCAUGUGAGAUACAGCGGCACAUUAAGCCCAGCGAGAAGCUGCUGGCCUUGCAGGAGGAGGUCUGCCCCACCUCGCCUGGAGAGGUGGUGCAGAGGUGUGUGUGGUCAUCAGCUGUCAACGUCAAGGACAAGUUUAUUUAUGUGACACAGCCAACCUUGGACCGGGUGCUCAUUGUUGACAUCCAGACUCAGAAAGCUGUUCAGACAGUCAGCACUGACCCUUAUCCUGUGAAGCUCCAUUAUGACAAAUCUCAUGACCAGGUGUGGGUCCUGAGCUGGGGGGAUGUGGAGAAGAACUUCCCCACCCUUCAGGUGAUCAAUCAAGCCAGUGGAAAAGUCUCCCAUCACGCCGUUCACACCCAGCCGAUCGGUAGACGCUUUGACAGGGUGGAAGACUUCUUCAUCCCCGCCUCCAGCCUCAUCGUUAAUCACAUCAGAUUUGGUCUCAUCUUUCACCGAAAUGAGCCUGUCAUCUACAAGAUCAACCUGGAAACAACAUCUUAUGUUAAAAACAUCAGUUUAUGGGAGUUUAACUGCAUCCCUAAGUCUGUAGCCUACACCCAUGUUGGUGGCUACUAUUUUAUUAACUGCAAGCCCGACUCUACCGGUACCACACAGCCCCAGCUCAUCUUAGACAGCGUUACAGACAGUGUGAUUGGGCAAAACCGUGACAUCACAGGCACCCCAUACAUGUCUCCAGAUGGUCAUUACUUAGUCACAGUGGAUGAUGACAAUGGCCUGAUGAGGAUCCAGAUCAUUUCCGAAUGGGGAAAAAUCCUGGACCCCUUCGACAUCCACACCAACCUGCACCUGUCUGAUCUAGCAUUCCAACGCUCCUUCACAGAGAUCCACCAGUACAACGUGUUUGGCAGCUCUGGCCGUCAAACUGAUGUGUUGUUUGUGGAGCUGAGCACUGGCAAAGUCAAGAUGAUCAAGAGCUUGAAAGAGGCCAUUAAAUCAUUCGACUGGCCAUGGAGCAGCAAGAACAGGGUGAUGGUGAGCAGCGGACUUUUUGGGCAGUACAUCAUGACACCAUCCAGAGAAUCCCUUUUUAUUCUGGACGGACGGCUCAACAAGCUCAACUGUGAAAUCACCGAUGUUCUCAAAGGCAACGUGGUUGUAUGGGUCGGGGAUUCUUAAGUCAUGACGUCAAGACUCACUGGGUUUUGUUUUCCUUCAGACCUACAGUUGCACUGAAUUUUGUUUCCGAUUGUUUAAUUUUGUAAGAAUAACAGUAAAAAAAAAACAGAUUUAGAAACUAAAUAAAUUUUAGUCCACUGGAUGACAGCAACCAUUCAAACUAUGAAAACCAUGAGGGCAUAACUGAUUAGACUGUUUUUAAAUAGUUGUUUUUGUUACUUUACCUGGACAUUUGCCUCCGUCAGAAAUGAUUGGUAGUUACUACUAAUAUUUUUCAGGAUAAUUGUAAUGAACUAGUAAAAGUAUGCAAUUUUAAGUUCAUUAAGUAUGUGAGAAUGCUGUAGAUUAUACCCCGACAAAAACAAAUUAAUUGGAAGAAACAAUAGUACACCCUACAUACUAUAUUUGUCCAGAUCAACUUUUGCAGUUGAAGUUCACCCAUCCCUGACCUUUUCCUUGUGCCUUUAAGGAAAAUACCCUCCAUCUGAGGAAUGGGCAUAAUUAUUCCCGUUGUGGAUGCAGACUACACCUCUUUCUUUGACCCCUUCAUUCAUGGUGAGUGUGGUUCUUCAUGAAUCUGCAGCUCUCAUCUGUAUGUCUGUCUGCCGACUGUCUAAUUAAAACGAGCCCUUGCUGUGAUCCCAUCUUGUUUGAAGAGGAGACUGAGUUCUUCAUUAUGGCUGCACACUCUAACCUUUGAUCCAAAAUUAAAACAGGCUUUGGAGGGUUUUGACCACUAUAGCUUUUUUUUUCCUUUAUAUUCCAAAGCAGAAAAAUGAAAGUCACUGGUGAUGCUAAAAUCAUGCCAGGUUUAGACACCAAGUUAUUUCAAAAUGUCUGUCGUCACAAAGUCAAUAUAGUGAUUGCUUAAAUAAAUGUUAUUUUCCUUGGACCAAAAGAAAGAUCUUAAUGUAUAGUUUGAUGUGGCAAACAUGCUUCGUCUGCUCUGCUUUGCAGCAUGUUUUCAGUGGAUAUUUUAAAUGUGAACUAAUGAAAAGUCAGCACCCUGGAGGAUGGUGUAGUUGGUUUUGUGUAGAUGGUAUUUGAGGAUAAGCCUUGAAUGUUAGAGGCAACUUUUUCAGAUGCUUCUGCAGUAGAUUUGUAGCUUGUAAGACACGGAAACUGUCUCCUGCUGGACAUAUUUCUAUGCAUUUUCACCCUUUCACACUGACUCUAUAACACAAUGGACAAAUUUAACUUAAAUUCAGUCUGAACUUUAAAUGUACAUUUAUUAUAUAAAGUUUUUCUGUCUUUCUUGUUUAAACUUCCUUGUAUACAUUUUAGUUUUAAUUCCCAUGACCCCCCCCGAUUACGUUUUGCUCUCCUUGAGGGAAGAAGGUAAUGCUGAUCAUGAACUCUGGUCUGUAUAUAGCUGCUGACUGUGAAUCUAUUAGUUUUUAAUGUGUGCGCACACUGCUCAUUUUAUAACCAAAUACUCAGCACAGUCCUUUUACAGAAUGAACACCCCCAACUGUCAUCUUCCUCCUGUUCCUCUGCACAUUGUGCUCAGAGCUUUUAGCUUCAUAUAUCCAUGUGUUGUAUGUUCCUUCAUGUGGUUGUUAUUCAAGAAGAGAAAUCCCGCUUGUCAUUUUACUCAAAAAUAAAAAAAUAGAUAAAAACA